AUGGCGGCCCUUGAUCAAGAACUGGUGGAGCGCCUGCACCACCACGUCGCUGGCCGCACACUGCCCUCUUUUGGAGCCAUCAAUGAAGAAAUUGAUGCCUACAGUUCCCGACCUGACCAACUCCCAAAUGUCAGUAGGAAUGGCUCAUACUACUACGCAGACCGGAAUGCUCGAAGUCGGCGUACUCUCGAUGGCAGUGGCUAUUGGAAAGCUAAGGAUAAAAAGCCCAUUUUAAAGGAUGGCCAGAUCGUCAUUGGGUAUAAGCGAAAUUUUAGAUUUUAUUUAGGACCAAGUCACUCCAACUCGAACUCGACGAAAUGGGUUAUGACAGAGUACACUCUUCCUCCUGAUACAAGCCAUGGUAAAGCCCUCUGUGUAAUCCGUGUGACAGCAGGGAACCAAGAGAACGAGAUAGAUCAGGCCAGUACUUCGGAUGCCACAAACCAACCGCUUCCAAAUUAUCCAAAUUUUCCUGACAUCCUGAUGAGAUUAGCCGCUGAUUUGGGUGUGGACUACGAAUUGCCUCCUCUUGAAUUCAACGGCAUGGAUAGGCCUCCUUUUUGA